UGCGGGUUUGUUUACACUGUGCGUCAGUGUGGCGGUGUGCAGCGCUCCUCUGCAGCUGCGCUGAGGCACUGCGGUCAGGAAGAAAACAGAUGAUCUAGAAGCAAGAGGGGAUCGUAGACACAUCCGAGCACAGGCAGUCUCUCCGCUAUUUUUCAGUAUUUUUCGAAACUACUAAAGGCUUCACCACAGUUUCCCCGUUAGGAUGUCGUCAUCUGAAAGUGCUGCGUCACAUGAAGUCAGUGAAGCAUCAGCCCCCACAUCAGAGCCUGUACCUCUGAGGAUUAUUCUGCUGGGCAGGACUGGGACAGGCAGAAGCUCCUCGGGCAACACCAUCCUGGGCAGGUCUGCGUUCCUGGUUGAAGUGUCCCCCUGUUCUGUGACCUCAAGGUGCAAGAGACAGAGUGGGACAGUAGGUGGGCGGAGUGUCUCUGUCAUCGACACUCCUGGGCUCUUCCACACACACCUGUCCUCUCAAGAGGUUAUGUCAGAGGUGGGAGAGUGUGUUGGUUUGUCCUCUCCGGGACCCCACGUCUUCUUGGUGACUCUACAGCCUGGUAGGUUCACCCAUGAGGAGAGAGAGGCCUUUGAGUGGAUAAAGGCUCGGUUUGGGCCUGAAAUGACCAGGUUCACCAUGGUGCUGUUCACCUGCGGAGACCAGCUGAAGGGGAAACGCAUUGAGGACUUUCUAGAGGAGAGCCGGGAGCUGUCAGAGUUUGUCGGCGGCUGCCAUGGAGGGUAUCACGUCUUCGAUAACAAUGGUCAGGGCAAGCCAAGUGAAUGCUCACAAGUGGAGCAACUUUUGCAGAAGGUAGACCAAAUCGUGGCUAAGAAUGGAGGCGGUUGCUAUAGCAAUGAGAUGUUGAAGGAGGCUGAAAGUGCCAUAAGGGAGGCACAUGAGAGGAUUCUGGAUGAUGCAGGGCACACUGUGGAGUCCCUUCAGAAGGAGGCUGAAGUCAAGGACGGCCAGUCACCAGGUUUGGAGAAGAGACGGGAAGAAGAAGAGAGGACGAGGGAGGAAGAGGAGGCCAGAAAGAGGGCAGAGAGGCUUUUCUGGUGCGAGCUGGUGACUGCUCUGGGCAAGGGUGCAGCAGAGGGCGCAGGGAUCAUGGGAAAGGACAAAGGGAAAGGGAAAGCUCUGAAGAAGGCGAAGGUGGUGGAGAAAGCGGCAGCUCUGGCAGCGUCUCCGCUCUCCAUUAGUUCAGCUGCGAAAGCAGUGGGAGGAGCUGUGAGAGAAGGAAGUAAGGUGUUAUACAAACACAGAAAAACAUUACUGCGCUGAAGGGUGAAUUAACUGGGACAGGACACAGUGAAGCCCGUGUGGUGUUUAUGACACUCAGAGGUUAUGAUGUGUGAAAGGACAACUCAUUCAGCUGUGAUUGUGUUUCCAUCAUCUAACCCCACAUGGCACCAUGCACUCCCACUUUCAUACCAUACUUAA